AUGCAAAGUAAUACUAUAAAGUAAUUAUUGUUGGAUAUUGCAGAUAUAAUAGACAGAGUAAUUUAUCUUCUUUGAAUUAGGACAUUAUUUAAACUUAUCAACAAAUCAUUUAAGUGAGUGUAAAGUAAGUUUGUGAAUAAUCAGAAAAGUAAUAAUAUGAAUAUAUACUUUAAAUCAUUGCUUAUUUAAAUAGGUACCCUACUAAUUAAUAUGCAAAAGAGUAAAAACUGUAUUUGAAGAAUAAUUAGAAGAACAUUUAAACAAUGAUUACGAGGCAGUAAUCUAAAAACUUGAAGCAUCUAUAAGAAUUCAUAUUAGAGUUGAACAAUAAUAGAAAUUGCAAAUUGAUGCUUUAUUAUAAAAAGUAGAUGAAAUCACAUCUGAAAAGGAUAUUAUUAUAAAAUAAUAAUAAGAAAAAAUAAAAUCUUUAGAAUAAGUCAUUAAGGUAAAAGAUUUAUAAAUUUUAUAAUAGGAUUAACAUAAAAAAUUAUAGGAUAAUUCACCUAAAGAGAUUCAUCAUAAAAAGACACCAUCUGCUUUUGAAAGAUUGAGUAAAUUAGUCUCCAACAAAUCUUAAAAAAGUCUAUAAAAUUCGAAUAAUGAAGCCAAUUUUAAAGCUUUAUUAAAAAUAUGUAAUACAGAGAAAGAUCGUUCUCUCUCAAAGGGAAGAAAAUAAUUAUCUGCUAAAAGAGAAUGUGGUUAUUAGAGAAUAAAUGAAGAAACUCAGUAAAGAUAUGUAUAUAUAAAGAAAUUUAGAGCCCAAAAUGACAGCAACAGAAAGAUAAAGGGAUUCAAAAGGAGAGAAACGACAUAGACUUUAAAAAUCCGAAAAAUUAAAUGAACAAUCAUAAUAAUCUUUAAGUACAGAGAAAUUGACUAAAUAUAACAAAAGCAAGAAAAAAGAAUCACCAUUAAUUAGAGUAUUUAUUAUUAUAUUCUAAAUAAGUAAAAACCAGAAUAAACAUUAUCUAGUCAAAGUUUUGAUUAAGUUGGUAAAAGUUUAUAAGCAUUGCAAAGAUAAAUUUCAAAUACUCGUCUAUAAAAUAAUCAAAGCUCUCAACUACUAAAAUUCUUAUAGAAGAAAUGA